AUGCCCAAUCUCACAAGUUUGACCCUUGAAUUUCUAAGACUAGAUGAUGAAGACCUGAGUAAAGUUAAUGAAUGUUUUCCGGGUUUACAAGUUCUUAAUUUGGUUGGGGUUGGAGGACUUAAAGAACCAAAAGUUGAUCUCAAGAACCUGAAAUUAUGUUACUGGACAAUCUCAAAUGCUCCACUAUCUAUAACAAUAUUGGCUCCCAGCCUUGUUGAACUCAAACUGGAGUGUAUUAGACCUAGAUCUCUUGUCCUUGAAACCCCAUCGUUGUCUGAUCUCCAUCUAAUCAUUGAGAACGCAGAUCAUUUAAAAGUGAAAGAAUUCAAUUGUUUAUACAGUCUUCAGCUAGAGUCUUGGAAUCUUUUCAGUCUCAUGGGCAAGUUUGGAUCAAGUAGAACCAUCAAAAUUCUGUUACUUGAUAUACCAAAACACAAUCAAGAUGUUACUCCAAAGUUAAGCUUCGGAACACUGUAUGAUUCUUUUCCUAAUCUCAGUUCUCUCACAUUGGAUCCUCGAGCCUGGUCAGAAAUGGAGGUAUCAUUUAGCUCUGGAGGUUUGGAGGGUAGGGUGGAAAUGAAUGGCUUGAAAGAGAUUACUACUUAUUUGUUUAUUGAUGAAAUGAAUGCCACCAUUUCCUUCAUAUCUUCUAUGUUGAAUAGAUGCCCCAGUUUGUCAAAUAUGGGUGUGCUUAUUCAUGGUGAAGUUGCGUCUCGUAUAGCAAGCAAAUUUGCAUCCAGGAUUAGAACAGAUUUGCCUAGACUUAGAUGGAGAUGGGGAUUCUGGAAAGAAGGAGAAAAGGACUGUUGGGUCUCUGAUUUUAUUUAACUUGUCAAACAUGGCUGUGCUUACUCUGAAGAAGGAAAAUAGUAAUAGUAAUAAUAAUAAUAAUAAUGAUCACAAUAUUAAGAUAAUAACAAUAAUAAGGAUUGAGCUGAACUUUGCUCUGCUUUACUGGGACAGCAGAAACAAUUAGAAUGAAUGAAAAGUUUAUAUCUUGGAAAGUCAGCUUAGAAUGAAAGAUUUGCUAAGUUGAAGUUACCACCAAACAGAACAAGAGUUGAAUGGUAAGUAAUAACUAAGUAUGCCUUGGAAAAACUGGAGUAUUGCAUAGGUCAGACAAUCCUCGAGCUAUUUGUUUGAAGCAAGGUUCUUCUGGAUAUAAACCUCUUAAUAACAUUGUAAUCAUUUAUGUCCUUGUAUCCUCAAAAUGUAAUUUUUGUAAAUAAUUGCAUCUCUGUCUUUGUCAACAUGUGUUGCUGUUGCAUCAUGUAUUUGGCAAUUUGCUACCCUUUUGCAGCUUGAAAUUGUAUACGUGUCGAUAUCACUUUGAAUUGGUGUCUAAAAUAUUUUCUCUUGCCUA